UAAAUCUUCCGACGGAAUUAGCAUACUCUGCUUAUUGGGCUAGGAACACUGUUGGAAAUGGUUCGGAGCUGAUCUUCAGCGAGUCGGGCUCCAUUUCCCUCAGCCUAAGGAAUGGGGACCCGAUUAGACUCACACCGCAGGCAUUGGAUCCAACGAGAGAUUUCUACCACCGGGCAACUCUCGAUUCCGAUGGAGUUUUCAGGCAGUAGGUCCACCCCAAGACCCAGAGCGAGAGCACAUGUUGGAUGCGGUCAUGGUACUCCGUGCAUUCGAUCCCUGAGAAUAUUUGCAUGCGCCUCACCGGAUCGGUUGGCAGCGGAGCUUGUGGGUUUAAUAGCUAUUGCAUGUUAGACGAUCUACAAAGGCCUAGCUGCAAAUGCCCUCCUCACUAUUCUUUCUUGGAUCCGGAGAAUGAGUACAAAGGAUGCAAGCAAGAUUUUCCACCUCAGAAUUGCGAAUCCAGCGGAUUGUCGAAUGCACAGGAGCAAUUUGUAAUGGUAGAGAUGGAUAACACAGAUUGGCCACUCUCAGAUUUCAAACAUGAUCAAUCCACGGAUGAAAAUCGGUGUAAAGAGGAUUGCUUGAGUGAUUGUUUCUGUGCGGUCGCUAUUUUCAGAGAUGGAAACUGUUGGAAGAAGAAGCUCCCGUUGUCCAAUGGCAGGAUGAAUUCCAGCGUAGGUGGAAAGGCUUUCAUCAAGGUGCCUGGAGACAAUACAUCUUUUCCCGAUCCAGUGGAGGAAUGCGGUGAGAAGAAAGAUCGCACUUCUUUGAUCAUCGCUGGGGCGCUGAUUUUAGGAAGCUCUGCAUUCCUCAACGUGCUCUUAGUGGGAGCGAUUUCUCUCGCUCUUUUGUACUCACGCCACCGUAAAAAACAAAUGAAAUUCCGCCCAAGUUCGAGCCUGUUAGGAAGCAAUCUGCGUUCUUUUACUUACAAAGAGCUAGAAGAAGCGACAGAUGGGUUCAAAGAAGAGAUAGGGCGGGGAUCCUUCGGUACAGUUUAUAAAGGCACUAUAGCUGAAUUGGAUUCUAGAAAUUUCGUCGCGGUCAAGAAGCUAGACAAGGUUGUGCAAGAAGGCGAGAGGGAAUUCAGAACAGAAGUGAGCACGAUCGGAGAAACCCAUCACAAGAAUCUAGUCCGACUGCUCGGUUUCUGUGAUGAGGAGACGCACCGGCUUCUGGUAUAUGAGUUCAUGAGCAACGGCUCUUUAGCAACAUUCCUCUUCGGCAGUCUCCGUCUGGACUGGAACCAACGUAUACGCAUUGUAUUUGGAAUCGCCAAGGGUCUAAUGUACUUGCACGAAGGGUGCAGCACCCAAAUCAUCCAUUGCGAUAUAAAGCCUCAGAACAUACUUCUCGACGAUUAUUUUACGGCUAGGAUCUCCGAUUUCGGAUUAGCAAAGCUUUCAAAGAUAACUGAACAGACUCGAAGCAUUAAAAGCAUCAGAGGAACCCGAGGUUACGUGGCCCCUGAAUGGUUCAAGAACGUAACGAUCACUGCCAAAGUCGAUGUUUACAGCUUCGGCGUGAUGUUGCUGGAGAUCAUUUGUUGUAGGAAGAACAUUGAACUGGAGAUAGGGAGCGAAGAGAAGGCGGUGCUGACGGAUUGGGCUUACAGUUGUUACAGAGAUGGGAGAUUGGGUGUGGUGGUGGAGAACGACGAAGAGGCGUUGGCUGACUAUAAAAGGCUGGAGAGGCUGGUGAUGGUGGCGAUUUGGUGUAUUCAGGAAGAUCCAUCGCGACGGCUGUCCAUGAAGAAGGUGGUACAGAUGAUAGAAGGGCUCAUCGAAGUUCCCGUACCCACUCCACCCUUCUCCAUCUGUUACACGUAAUGGAAGCUUAUCGCCAUUUCUCGGCAUGUACAUUCGUAUUUCUAUUAGGUUCCGUUUGGUUGCACCAAAUAAUGGCAACCAAACCCAACCAUAGGGUUCGUUUGGAUGCCUAUCAGCCUAUCUUGUUUGGUUGUAAACUGAAAAUGACGUAUAAAUAAUUGUUUGUGUUUAGAUAAUUCCUUGAGUUGUAUUAAAUGGGAUUGCAUUACUAAUCCC